GUGAAAUAUAUUUUUGCUGCAAAACACUAAAACCUUUCAUAAGACUUCCCAUCUGCACAAUCGGGCACUUUCAAAACCCCACCCACCGGUUCAAUGCCACCCAUUACCAUAAGCACUACUAAGACCUAAGAGUUUCAUCAAUGGCUUUAGAGCAAGCACUAGCACUAUCACCAGCAACUAACCUCUUUUUUUCAAUUUCGAACCCCCCCCUCACAAACACCAAAACUCCUGCUUUGUCCCUGAACCCUCUCUCCUCCUCCUCGAAGAGGUCCCACUUCCAACGCAGCUUGAAAUGCUCCGCUGAUUAUAGAGAUAAGCAGUACAAUCAAGCGGUUGCGCAUGCUAAACCGGCUGAGAUUCAAUGGAACAAGGAGCUCUGUAACUCGGUGCACCUCAUCGGGAUCGUUGGGACCCCUGUAGAAAUCAAGCACCUCCCCUCCGGCAAGGUAGUCGCUUGGACACGACUUGCUGUCAAGAAAUCUGCAAAUGACACCUCCUGGGUCAAUUUGACAUUAUGGGAUGAUUUGGCACGAGUUUCUUCUCAGCAUGUAGAGAAAGGCCACCAAAUAUAUGUAUCUGGUCGAUUGAUCACAGAUUCAGUUGAAAAUGAUGAAGGGAAGCUGCAGACCUACUACAAGGUAGUUGUCCAGCAGCUGAAUUUUAUUGAAAGAAGCUCUUCAAAAGGAUUACAUGACUCCGACUUUAAUAGCACGGCAGCUGGUAGUAAGUUUGGUAACAACACUGCAAAUGACAUGGGUUCCAUGGAAGAACGGUGGCAAGCUUUUUUUGUUAAUCCUUUGGAGUGGUGGGAUAAUAGGAAAGAUAAGAGGAACCCAAAGUAUCCUGAUUUCAAACACAAAGACACUGGAGAAGCUUUGUGGGUUGAAGGCAGGUACAAUCCUCCUUGGGUGAAGUCCCAGUUAGCUAUAUUGGACGAACAGAUGGGAUCUCUUCGAGAUCAGGACUCUAGGUUGCACGAAAGUUCAAUGUCUGGUGAUGAUUUCAUUUCCUUGUCCUAGCUAAGUGAUUCCCUCUUCAUUUGAUGUGAUUUUUGGAAGAGCUGAAAUAGGUUUUGUUUGUAUAAUAUGUAAUGUAGAAUCUAUGUUGUCUAAGAGUUGCAAGUUUCUCUGUGGCUUUUGAACCAUUUAGAACAUGAGUCAACGUUCUUGUCAUUAUAAAAUAUUCUUUGUUUUGGUCUUGAGAAAUAUGUCCAACAUGGAGAAGUAAUUCCCUGGGAAUUUACCCAGGAGCA